AUGGAGAUCGAGAAUACAUCCCAGACCCAGAUACCCAAACCCACAUUGAAGAGAAAGCAAAGAAAAACCCACAUGGGCAGUAAUGCAGUGCAUGAAUCCCACACAGCAAAUUCAAGCAGCAGCAGAAGAAUCAAAGCAAGAAGAGAGAGUCAGUGCAUGAAGAACAGUGCUGCUUCUCAGGAAAGCGCAAAAGAUGUAAAGGCUCAUGGUGGUGAGGAGGAGGCUGCUGCUGCUGAUGAUAGGGAGGAGGUGGAGAGGAAGAUAGAGGCAUUGCAGAGGAUUGUGCCAGGAGGUGAGUCACUUGGUGUGGACAAGCUAUUUGAAGAGACUGCUGGGUACAUUAUGACCUUGCAGGUUCAGCUCAAAGCCAUGAAAGCCCUUGCAAGCUUUUUUGAGGGGUUGGAGAAGGAGAAGAAGAAGUUUGGAGCUUGAGUAAGGAGGGAGCUAGGGAGGUUCUUAACUGGUUUCAUUAUGAGAGACCAAAGAAUCCAUCUUUUUUCUUCUUCAAUGUUAAAUUUUUCUUUGUUGGGUAAGUAGUGGGUUAAUGGGUACCUUCUUCUUCUUCUUCUCAUGAUGUUAAUUUUUGUUUUU